UGGAAAGAACUAGACCUCAUCUCAGCAUAAACAGCGAUGAUGACUCGCCGUCUCCGCCAAAACAGCUUAUCAGACCAGACUUUAAUAUCUUCCAGUACAGCUUCGAGAAACCUGAACGUCCGGCGAGACUGCGCCGAAGGCACACUAUUAACAUAUGUGAGAUUCACAGUGAGCGAAAGGUACAUUCU